CCAACAUUAUCUACCCCAAUUACCAUAUUAUCAAUUAUUUUAACCCCAAAUACCACAUUCCCCUUACGCCAACAUUAUCUACCCCAAUUACCACAUUCCUCUUACCCCAAUUACAAACAUUCUACCUUAACCCAAUUACAAUUAUUAUUUUUACCCCAAGUAUUGAUGCCCAAUUAACCUUACAUUCCUCUUACCCCAAUUACUAGGACUCACUGCCCAGUACAACUCUGCUGACACAAACUAGAAAUAUGAGCACAACAAAUUCUCAAUCUUGUUAACUUGGCCAUUGCAAUAGCUUCCUUCACCACUGCUUUUGCCUUCUCCUAUAUAAGUGUAUAUACAGUAUGAACAACAGUAUGAUGGUAGGGACGCAAACCUCUUCUUCUUCAGAGAAAAUCCGCAGGACUCCGACAGUGAGGUGGAACUUCUCAGGAGUCCAGUACAGAAGAUUUGAACAGCGAGACUCUGUCUCUGAUGUGGGGCACAGUGAGAGGGAUGCUGAUGAAGUGUGUGGGUUUCUCCUUCUCUCUGUUGGUCCAUUCAUUCCCCUUACCCCAACAUUAUAUACCCCAAUUCACAAUCAUUUUUACCCCAAUUACCACAUUCCCCUUACCCCAACAUUAUCUACCCCAUUAUCUACCCCAAUUCACAAUCAUUAUUUUUACCCCAAUUACCACAUUCCUCUUACCCCAAUUACUACAUUCCUCUUCCCCCAAUUACAAACAUUCUACCCCUAUUCUACCUUACCCCAACAUUAUCUAUCCCAAUUACCACAUUCCUCUUACCCCAAUUACAAGCAUUAUUUUUACCCCAAUUACCACAUUCCCCCAAUUACCUCAUUCCCCUUACCCCAACAUUAUCUUACCCCAAUUUCCAUUCCUCUUACAUUACAAUUAUUUUUACCCCAAUUACCACAUUCCCCUUACCCCAAC